GCACAGGAUGGGAGGCGCCAGCUGAUUGGUUGAGGCCGCCCAGACUUUCAAUGAUUUGUCAACUUCCACCAACCCGAGUCCUCCUCUCUGAGUGUGUGUUUACACCUGAAAUACACCAUGGUUCAUGACGGGAAUAAGGACGAAGCCGAAAAAUGCUUCAAUUUAGCACAGAAAUACUUUAAAGAGGGCAACAGAGAAAAGGCAGCGCGGUUUGCACAAAAGGCAGAGAAGCUAUACCCGUCCCAGAAGUCCCAAGAAUUUUUGGAUCUUCUGAACCGAUUAAGUGGAACUACAAGCCACACUCCUCACAGUAAUGGAACAGCAGGUGGGGAGGGGGAUGGUGGGGGUGGCGGAGGAGGUCGAAGUGGAGGCGAGAAUGUGCGGCAGAGGAGAAGUGCACCAGCAAGUGAAGAGAGAACCAGCAGCUCGCAGUCUUGUGCCACUUCAGGAGACUAUACCAAGGAACAAGUGGAUGCUGUCAAGAAGAUCAUGAGAUGUAAGGAUUACUAUGAGAUCUUGGGAGUUAGCAAGGACGUGACAGACAGUGACCUCAAGAAGGCGUAUCGAAAGUUGGCGCUCCAAUUUCACCCUGAUAAGAAUAAAGCACCAGGUGCAGGGGAAGCAUUCAAAGCUGUUGGUAAUGCCUUUGCUGUGCUCAGUGAUGCAGAGAAAAAGAAGCAGUAUGACCUUUAUGGGCCAGAGGAAGCAAGUAGCCCAAGUCACCACAGAAAUUCAUACAGCCAUCAUGACUUCACUCGUGGCUAUGAGAGUGACAUGACAGCUGAGGAACUCUUCAACAUGUUCUUUGGUGGCGGCUACCCUGGAGGGAAUGUGUAUGUGCGUCGCGGUGGGCGGUGGGAGCGUGCUGGGGCUGGUCAUGGAAGAGACCACCAUGGACAGUCAGGCCACAACCACCAGGCAGCCCAUGCAGAGCAGUCCAAUGUGUCUGUGUUCCUGCAGCUGAUGCCACUUCUCCUCAUCCUACUGCUGUCCCUCGCAUCCUCCCUCCUCUCCUCCGACCCUACAUACUCCCUCUCGCCAACCAGCAAAUAUAGUGUUCAGCGAAGCACUUCCAACUUGGGUGUGUCCUACUAUGUGAAGCCAGAUUUUUCUACCGAUUAUCAAGGAAGUAUUCGACGAUUAGAACAGCAUGUAGAAGAAGAUUUUGUAUCUACUCUCAGGAAUGCUUGCUUUAAGGAGAAGAAUUAUAAAGAGAAUAUGAUAUGGAGAGCUCGGUCAUUUGGUGAUGCACAGAUGUUCAAGAGAGCCCAGGAACUCCGAACUCCAUCAUGUGACUCACUUCAGAGUUUGUAUAAUUAAAGGCAUAGAUCAUAGAAUCAAUUAAGGAAAAUUUAAAACAUCACUGCAGCAUAGGCCAGUUGAUUGAACUAAGUAACACAUUGAACUAAAUUAUAGUAAGUGGGGUCAGUAUGUAUAUUUUGAAAUGUGAAUAGUAAAGUAAUUUUUUUGAAAACAUUUAAGGAUGCACAUGAUAGAUUUACUCAAUCUUACACUUUACUUCAUAUAUCUUUUACUUUACCUAUAGUUGUUGGUAAUGAUUAUAGCUUCUGGCCUUUGCUUGAAUGCUGUAUUCUGUAUAUUUAUAUUUCAAAUCUAUUUAUAAUUAUGUUAGACUUUGUUGUUAUUUCAUGCCUUAUUUGUGUAAUAUAACUCCUCUUAUGAAUCAUUUUCUCAUUGUUCUGAAAACAUUUAGUUUAAAUUGAAUGCAUUAUAUAUACAUAUAAAUAGAGCUUUGCAAUAUUCAUCUUAAAAAUUUAAAAUAAAGUAAUCAGGACAUACUUUCUUUUAGUCAAUUCAUAAGAAUUGACUGCCUAAAAGAAUGAUGUUCCUAAUCAUGGAUGUAUUCAACACUUGUGCAACUGAUGUGCAAAGUUUCUUUCUUCACAUGUACAUACAUACAUACAUACAUACAUGCUAUCACAGCAAACCAUUAGGCGGCCAACUGAAGCUCUGUGGGCUCUAUUGUUUUCUUGUAACAUUUUUUCCUCCUUAUUAAUAUGUCUUAAGUAAAAUAUAAUAUGGCAGAAUUAUGAAUACAACUGAGUAUUUUCCUCCACAUAUUUUCAGACUUUUUCUGAAUACUUUUAUGACCUUGGAAAACAGAGAAAUUAAAAGAAGUCAAUGAGUAAUGUGUAUGAGUGUGAGGUAAGUAGAUGGAAGACACUUGUGAGAAUUUAGGAGUGAUGUGUGUUUGUGUGUGUGUUCAAGUCCCUAUGUAUGUGUAUGCUUCUCUCUCUCUCUCUCUCUCUCUCUCUCUCUCUCUCUCUCUCUCUCUCUCUCUCUCUCUCUCUCUCUCUCUCUCUCUCUCUCUCUCUCUCUCUCUCUCUCUCUCUCUCUCUCUCUCUCUCUCUCUCUCUCUCUCUCUCUCUCUCUCUCUCUCUCUCUCUCUCUCACACAAACAUAAGUACACAAAGUUUGGCACAUUUUGUAAGGAAUGUGCAGGAAACACAUAUUCAGAAUUUUUCUGAGGUGUUAUCAUAAUGAAAGAUUUCAUCAUUUCAUUUAAUCAUUUCCAUAUUGCAUACCUGAAACAUGUUUGUUGAUUGAAGAUUAGUGGUAAUUGUGUGGCCCUCACCAUGCAAGCAUGUAUUACUUUUUAGGUAACACUUAAUACUACAAAAAUUAUUUAGAAACUAAAUAAUCUUAUACAAACAGUUGAAUCAGUCCUGAUUAGCAUCCUUAUAACCAGUGGUUUCAAAUCCAUUGUGUUGUAGUGCUCACCAAGAUCAUUAGAAACUUUAAAAGACGUAAUUAUUGCAGGGAAACAAAAAAUGAUUCACAAGCCCUAUAGUUUUGUGAUACUUUGUUGUUAAUAAACAUGUGAUAUAUUGCACUAGAUCUCUUUUGAAGAUUUGUGGAAAAUUGUCAGUAAAGUUUAACUUGUAUAUAAAGACUCAUGGAUCAACAUUAUUAACAAGCAGAAUGGUUACACUUUAUUAAGUAGAUAUUUUCAGUUAACCAUUGAAUGACUACUGUAGUAGUGGAAAUCAAAGACAAAGCUAAAGUGCUGAGUAAAGAAUAGCUAGAUAUUUGAAAAUCUUACUAAGAUUUUAAAGAGAAAGGUUCUUGCAGUCUUCACUCAUAGAUUUUUCUUCAAAACUGCUUUUUUGUAACCACUUUGGUUAUGAAUUUUACUAUUUUUAAACUUUGAAUAAUAGAACAAGAGGUAGUUUGCAGUAAAUGAGAAAUAAUUUGUCAUUGAAGCUUAAGGCCUUUGGGUGGUAUAUUUUUAUUAACCACUCUCUACAUCACCAUAACUAUUUAUAGAAAGGAGAACUGCUGUGAAUUUUGCCAUAGUCUAUGAUGGUAUCAUAUGGCCAGCAGUUGAGGGCAUUUAGUUUUUUCUGAAAGGAGAAUGAAACAUUACUGAGUGGAAAAUGAAGUGUUAUCAUUAAGAUGCUCCCUGUCAUGAGCUGCUCAGUCUUUUAUGGUUUAACAUACAGAGUUUACCUACUUCAAAGACAUUCUUAUUUUACCAUAUACUAUAUCCCUGCCUCGCAAGGUCAACUUUUUUUUUACUUCUGAAUGAAUUCAUAAUUUACUUUUGCUUUGGUAUGUUGUAUUUCACCCUGUUCCAAGUUAUUAAUACUUCAUGUUUGAUUGAAAUCUAAUACUUAUAUGAUUCUUCAAAUGCUUUCAUGAUAAAAAAAAUUAAUAGUUUCUCUCUUGUGUCAACAGAUAUGAGUAGGAAGUGUAAAGUCACUUUGUUAAAAGACAUAUGCAAUGCUAGGUUGCAAAUUACUUUGUUGAAAUAUUAUGGGAUAUUUAUGAAUAUACAUAUAUAGAAAUUGGUUAAGCCUUUUCUUUAUUGUAUUUUUAUGUAAUAAAGUUAUUAACAGGUUC